UACCGUGGUGCGGCACCAGCACAGCCGCCGACGUUGACUGACACUGGUAAAAGCGUACGAGCCGUCAAGCCGGAUAGACCGCGGCUGUGUAAGAGCCUGCCUAAAGCUUUUCCCGGCACGCCCGACCAUCCCAUUACGUGGUGCGACCGUGAUCGGGCUCUGCCUGUGAGUGUGUGAAUGUGUGUCUGUGUGCGUGUAUGUGCAUUUGUGUUUGGUGUGUUCGGUAAUCACCGUCCACACACAAGGUCGGUGUGGCGCACAGGGAACGACGUGUGCGUGCUUCUGUGUGUUUGUGUGUGUGUGUGCGUGCGAGUGAAGAAAUCAUGAACGAUCGGAGAUCUGGGCAUAAUUUGAUAUGGCAGAAUACCAAUAGCCAGUAGAGAGCCUCUCAACGACGACCUACCGAUCUCAAUCAAUUCAACUCGUCGUCCAAAGUCAACACGAACGGGAGCGCUGGUGAAAAUCGAAUCAAAGCGCUGCUGCACAGCACAAUCAAACGAACAAUCAACCAAAUCCGCGCAGUGGAUAUUCGAAUCGGCCCACCAAGAGCCACAACCGAAAGAUGCUACCGAGAGCCGGCCCGAUGGCCGCAGGCGCCCUGCUCCUGCUGGUCGCGCUGGUCGCCGACACGACCCUCGGCCAGCUGUCCAACUAUCAGCUCACGACCUGCCCGGGCAAGACGACGUGCAGCCAGUGCAUCCAGACGACCAACUGCCGCUGGUGCACGAUGCCCAACUUUACGCACCCGCGGUGCCACGGCCAGAUUGAAAAGUACUGCCCGGAGGAGUACACCGUCGAUCCGAGCAACACGUUCCAGCUGGUGCAGGGGCGCGAGCUGACGAAACCGACGCGCCGCGUGCUGGAGGGCCAGAGCGAGCGGGAAUCGUACUACUCGUCCAGCCACUACCAGUCCUCCUCCUCCUCGUCGUCCUCGUCCUCGUUCCAGCAGUCGUCGUACGAGUCGGAGUCGGCCGCCGGCAGCAUCGUGCAGAUAUCGCCGCAGCGCGUCAGCCUCAAGCUACGGCUGAAUGAAGCGUUCCGGUUCAACGUGAACUACGCGCAGGCCGAGGACUAUCCGGUCGAUCUCUACUACCUGAUGGAUCUGUCCAAAUCGAUGGAGGACGAUAAGACGAUCCUGUCCACGCUCGGGGCCGAUCUCGCGUCCGAGAUGCGCAAGAUUACCAGCAACUUCAAGCUCGGCUUCGGCUCCUUCGUCGACAAGGUGCUGAUGCCGUACGUCUCGACCGUGCCGAAGAAUUUGCGCGAGCCGUGCCCCGGUUGCGUGGCACCGUACGGCUACCAUAACCUAAUGCCGCUGAGCACGGAUGCCAACCUGUUCUCCCAAGAGGUGCAGCGCGCGAACGUGUCCGGCAAUCUGGACGCGCCGGAGGGUGGCUUCGACGCGAUCAUGCAGGCGAUCGUGUGCCGGGAGCAGAUCGGCUGGCGGGAGAAGGCCCGCCGGCUGCUGCUGUUCUCGACCGACGCCGGCUUCCACUAUGCCGGCGACGGCAAGCUCGGCGGCGUGAUCACGCCGAACGAUGGCGAGUGCCACCUGGACCAUAACGGGCGGUACACGCACUCGACCACGCAGGACUACCCGAGCAUUUCGCAGAUCAACCUGAAGGUGAAGCAGAACGCGAUCAACGUGAUCUUUGCCGUAACGGCGGAGGAGCUGUCCGUGUACGAGCAGCUGUCCCGGCUGGUGGAGGGUUCGUCCGCCGCUAAGCUGUCGAACGAUUCGUCCAACAUUGUGUCGCUGGUGCGCGACCAGUACAACAAAAUUUCCUCCUCGGUCGAGAUGAAGGACAACCGGACGGACAACGUGAUCGACGUGAAGUACUACUCGCGCUGCCGCAACACGAACGGCGCCCUGCAGCAGACGAACCGGUGCGAGGGGCUGAAGGUGGGCGACGUGGUCACGUUCGAGGCGCACAUUACGCUGCUCAAAUGCCCGACCGAUCCGCGCGACUGGCAGCAGGUGCUGCAGAUCUACCCGGUCGGCAUCAACGAGAGCCUGACGGUCGACAUCGAGAUGCUGUGCAGCUGCCCGUGCGAGCAUCCGUCCGAUCCGGAGUACCGCGAACGGGCGGACGAGUGCAGCAACGCGGGCACGUACAAGUGCGGCAUCUGCGAGUGCGACGGCACGUACCACGGCCAGCGGUGCGAGUGCUCCGCGAUGGAGAGCCUGCUCGAGCCGGGUAUGGUGGACGCGUGCCGGAUGUCGAACGCGUCGGAGGAGUGCAGCGGGCGGGGCCAGUGCGUGUGCGGUGUGUGCGUGUGCGAGCGGCGCCCGAACCCGGACGAGCUGAUCGACGGGCGGUACUGCGAGUGCGACAACUUCUCGUGCGACCGGCCGGGCGGCCUGCUCUGCUCGGGCCCGGACCACGGCCGGUGCGUGUGCGGCCAGUGCGAGUGCCGGGAGGGGUGGACCGGGCCGGCCUGCGACUGCCGGGCGAGCAACGAGACGUGCAUGCCGCCGGGCGGGGGCGAGCUCUGCUCCGGCCACGGGACGUGCGAGUGCGGCACCUGCCGGUGCACGGUGACGGAGGACGGCCGGUACACCGGGCGGUACUGCGAGAAGUGCCCGACCUGUGCCGGCCGGUGCAACGAGUUCAAGCACUGCGUGCAGUGCCAGCAGUACAAGACGGGACCGCUGGCGGAGGCGAACGAGUGCGCCAACAACUGCACGCUGUUCGUGCCGAUACCGGUCGAGAAGGUGACGAUCGACGAGGAGCGCAACGACAACAAGUGCACGUUCUUCGACGAGGACGACUGCCGGUUCGAGUUUUCCUACAACGACAGCGACCAGGACAAGGUGGUGGUGACCGCGCAGGAGAAUCGCGAGUGCCCGCCGAAGGUGUUCAUGCUCGGCAUUGUGCUCGCCGUCAUCGCGAUGGUCGUGCUGAUCGGCAUGGCGGUGUUGGUGCUGUGGAAGUUGCUCACGACCAUUCACGACCGGCGCGAGUUUGCGCGGUUCGAGAAGGAGCGCAUGAUGGCAAAAUGGGACACGGGCGAAAAUCCAAUCUACAAGCAAGCGACAACGACGUUCAAAAAUCCAACGUACGCCGGCAAGUGAGCAGUCCAAGGUUUGGCCAACUAAACACUACCACCAAUCGUCAUCCCACGACACCAAUCGUUUCAUCGGAAUAUGCAUCGGCUCCAUCAAACCGCGUGCAUAUCCUCGUUGCUCGUUUGCGGUAAACUGAAGCUUCAGCUAGCAUCCUGUCGUCUAGAGCCAAAUUCGGAUAGCACCGAUACGAACAGCUUAACUUUCGACCAUUAUUCGUAAGGUUUCGCCUAACUGUAAUAGUACCCAAUAGUAGCCAAUUGCCAAUGUGGUAGCCAAUCGACAGCCAAACGAAAAAUGCCAGGGGAACAAAAUCGAAUCGAAACAACUGAAAGCAAUAUUUUCCAUACGAAGCAGCGAUGGUUCGUUGGGUUUCGUGAAAAACAAACGAUUUCAAGAUUUAUAUAACAAACAAAAUAGUAGAAGCAAUAUUAUGUGGGUGUAACUGAACAUGCCUUCCGCAGCACUCAAUACUAGUCUUGCAUUAAAAAAAAAACACACACACACAAGCAAUCAUACAUCUCUUUACCUAGGAGGAAACAUUUGCUAGGGCUUUGGCUGCUGCCAAGGGAGAGUUGCAAAACAGAGUGUUCAACCACGUACGUUUAUACGAAAGGCAUAAAGAGGGAAGGAACAGCAGAUAUUUGGAAUAGAUAUUAGGCGAGAAAACAAAUGUGUCCAAUUGAAGAGAACAUCCUUUGUUUAUCAACACUCAAACUAAUGUCCUUGAAAAUAAGCACUUAUGGCACAUCUAUUUUUCGCUGCACCCUCCACCCAGAAAGACAACCAGAAUAACAAGGCUUGUCAGAUUAGAGUGCCAUGGGCCUUGCCUUUCCACAGUUGAGUGGUGUGGUUCAACAACGUUAUUGACUGUAUGUGUCUGUGCCAAUGCUGAUGAUCAGUUGCCUUCCAACAAGUGCACUUAGCGUGGAGCCUGUGGGCAACAAUCGAGUAAAAUACCCACAGCCACCAUUCAAGCAAUCUUAAUAACGUAUAAGCCGAUGAGCGCGGAUCAGCUGGAUUUUCGUUCCGAUUUUUACGCCGUUGUUUACGAUUCGAAUCUGCCAAAAUUGAAUUGUUAUACUAACAUAGGCCAAACUGUAGGGGCGGUUCCGAUUUUAUUUUUAUUUUAUUUUUGGCUAAUGCCACAAGGUCUUAUUAAUUGUCAUUGUUUAAAUGUUUUUUUUUUUUAAUUUCUUUCCCAUAAACUUUGCGCAGUUUGGUGCAGCUACAGUUGUACGCUCUGUGGGUUGGCGCGAUGUAUGCAAAAACAUUCAAAAUUACUCAUUGGCAAUUGAAAAUAUUGUUUUUUUUUUUAUCUCAACCGACGGACCAAACGGAUCCGGAAAAUGUGGACAUGUGUUCACUAAUCGUACGCGGCAAAAACGAACAAUCGGAGCACAUCGUAUCAGCUGUGUGCAUGCGUGUAUAUCGGUUCGGACAGUGUUAAUUCCACUAACGGUAAAGACUAAUUCUGCCAUGUAAACUGUUUGCCAAAAAAAAAAGUAAAGAAAAACAGCCAACAGGAAACAGGAAAGGAAAGAGCAAAUAGAUUACAAAAUAGUUGAAACGAGAUUAAAUCGCUAGUGAAGUGCAGCGCAGCAUACAAACAAAGCAGAUUGAAACAUGUGCGAGGUUCUAAAUUACUACUGAUUAUUCAAAAGGACAGCAAACAGGUGCGUGUGUGUGUGUUUGUAUCAAGUUUGAACGUUUCCCCAAUGACGAUGGGUGUUUUUCAGUGUUGCAAGAAACUUAACGAUUGGAAAACAUAAUGUUCCACAAACAUUGCAAGUAAAAUGUAGCGUAUGUUGUGCGAGUGACGAAACCAUUAGUGCCUUUUUUUUAAGUCUAACCUCGUUAUGCUUGAUUAUUGUAAAUAAUUUAUUGUCGGUGUGUUUUAAAAAGUUUUACUUAAGUUUUUUUGAUAUACUACGUAAACAAAACCAACCGUGGCUUGUACUAUUAACGACUUUUAGCUAAUACUAGAUCAGAAGCAGUCUUUACAUAACAUAACAAAGUAUUAGAAUAAACAAUUAUAGUGACCCGUGAA